AUGGAUCAAAACAUUAAAAAGGAUAGCUCCUGGAUUAUAAAGGUUGUUUUGAACCAAAGAGAAACUAUUAUAAAGGUUCAAACACUGUUCAACUUCUUUUCAUCACCACCAUCUUCCUCACAUUACACUUCCUUCCUUCCAAUCUCCAUCCUCUCUCUUCAAUUUCUCAAGGUUUUUGGAAGAAACAACAUGGGUAGCAAGGCACCAAGUUGGUCUGACCAAUGGGGAAACGGCGGGCUUGGCAGCGACGAGUAUGAAGAUGAUGUGAUGGUGAAGAAGAACAAUAAAAGCAAUGGAAGUGGCAAGAUGGCAGAUGCAAAGGCUAUGGCAUCUGUUAGUAUGGGCAAAGCCAAAACAGUUGCGAUUGUCGGUGCCGACAAAGCUAAGUCAGCUGCUGUGGUAGGUGCUCAGAAAGUGAAGAGUGGCACCUCUGCUGGAUUCAAAUGGAUCAAGAAUCAGGUUCAGAAAAAGAAGCAAUGCGUGAUCUGA